AUGGACUUCUCAACCGCCACUUUCGUCUACGCGCAGCCCCCUCAACAGACAUAUGGCCAGGAGGAAGUGGACUAUCCCAACAUGACCUUUUGGAGCACACCUGCCACAGGAGCUCCUCAGCAGCAAGGCGCUCCUCAAUACGCUGGCGGCUAUAAACCCUCCCCGCUGCCAUUUGACGCACAACCAAGGUUUGGUGACAGCGUGUCCCGCAUGAGGGUGGGCAUGGAAAUGAGGAUGGGAAUGGGGAAGGGGAUGGCAGUGGCAAUGGAGAUGGGGAUGGAAUAUUGGCCCCAGGGAACGACGACCAUCAGCCCUACCGGGUCGGGGUCUUACGAUGCUGCGGUGGGUGGCAACGGCGGUAACGGCUGCGGCUACGCCUACGGCCAGAUCUCACCAACACAGCUGCCCUACCACUCAGACUCGACGACGACCUCGUCUACAUCGUCGCCGCCCUUCAACGGGCAAAUGGGGUAUAUGGGGGGUCCCAUGCCGGCCCAGACGAUGGUGUAUCAUCCCCAAUACACAACGGCGAGCACGGCGAUGCCGGCGAUGGCGACGGGGUCCUCCUAUGUGAUAGGAAAUGGCCAUCUUGGGAGGGGGAUUCAACAUCCAUAUGCCCCCCAACCAGAAAUGCUGCCCGCCAUGGGCCAGCUCCCUUUGCCUGCCUGGGGCACGCUGCCGAACACGGCAAGCUCCAGUGACGAGCAAGACGUGGUGGUGCCUGGCAGCAGCACAGUCGUGGGCCCCACGGACGAAGGGUCGAGUACCGUGCGCAACAAAAGGUCAAGUGUUUUGUUAUGUCUCGUCUUGUAUCCCCCGGGUGUCACGGUUCGCGGCGGCGUUGUGGUGGUGGUGGUGGUGGUGGUGGUGGCCGUCGUCGUCGUCUUUAAUCUCUUAUUCCUCCCUCCCUCACCCCGAGACCGCCCAUGCUGUCUCUACCCCGAGUGCCGCGACGAACACAACAACCCGACGCACUUCUUCAGCCGCAAUGCCGACCUCAAGAGACACAUCAAGUCGCGCCACGAAGGCGUCUACCUCGACUGCGUCGUGCGCGAGUGUAAUAGGAAAGGCACCAAUGGGUUCACCCGCAAGGACCACCGCGCCGAGCAUAUCCGCAAUGUGCAUACCGCGGUGGUCGCCGGUGGGAAGUCCCCCGCGAGGGCGACUGUUCGUGCUGGUCGUGCUAGUGGCGGUGGCGGCGGCGUCGACGGUGGUGGUGGGUAUCUCUAUCCUCCCCGUCCGGAGGAGGAGCGGGAGGAGGAAGGGGAGCUUCGGGGAGGUUGGGGUCCUGUCGUGGACGCCCAUCAAAGGCAGCGGCCAAGGAUACGGUAG